AUGCCACAGAAGCUGCCUCCCCAAGCUCGCAGGCUUCGCACCAUCAUCGUCACGGUUCCCAUUAUGGCAGCAACAGCAUACGUACUCUACGAGCGUCUCGUGCUCGGAAAACCUCGAAGAACACUGCCUAAGGAGGCACCACAACCUCUUUCUACAACCAAUGAAUUACUGCCCGAAGGCUCUCAUGCCGGAAGUGAACGCUGGUCAAAAGGAGAAUGA